AUGGCCGCACUUCAAGAACUCGCAGAACGAACAAAAAUGAAUACAAUCUAUAUCGAUACCGAUGUUGGUCAAGAUGACCAAACAGCAACUGGUGCUGAGAGCAAACCAUAUAAGUCUUUAGCGUACGCCUAUAUUCAACACGGUGGUAGCGAGGGAGGUAAAUAUCAAUCGAGAGCCUCAACAACUGGAGCCGUUAGUGCAGAUGGAGAUCCAGCAGAGCGAUUAGUUUGGAAGGAGCCAGCUAAGGCUGCCGUCAAGAAAUCACAAAAUGCAUUGGAUGCACAUAAGAAGAAGCUUGUGAAACAACAACAGAUGGCUGCUGCAGAGAAGGAGAGGGAUGAAGCUAGGUUGAAGACACUCGAAGAUUCGAAAAAGAUUGUUCUUACCGAAGAUUCAUCGUUACCAGCGGCAGUCAAAAUUAAGAUUGGACGCAAAGAUAUUGAAUUGGGCGAGAAUGAUGUGAAGGGCACCCGUGUUAAGGUUUCAGGUCGCAUUCACAGACUGAGAGAACAGAAGCAAGCUACUUUCAUUACAUUGGUCGAUGGAUAUGGCCAUUUGCAGUGUAUUUUACAAGGCGAACUUACCAAGACAUACGAUGCUCUUACUUUCGCACAAGGUACUUCCUUAACUCUCUUCGGAGAAAUGCGAAAGGUCCCUGCUGGUCAAUCAGCUCCAGAUAACCGCGAAUUACAUGUCGAUUACUACAAAGUUAUUGGAAGAUCUCCAUCCGAUGCCGAUGCUAUCACCAACAAAAUCUCUCAUCAACAAGAUCAAUGGGAAUCUUCUAUGUUGGACAACCGUCACCUUGUUCUUCGUGGAGAUACCGCCUCUUCAGUCAUGAAGGUUCGUUCAGCAGUCGAAUGGGCGUUCGCAAAGGCAUACAAAGAGUUGUACUUUACCAAGAUUAGUCCACCUGCUUUCGUUCAAACACAAGUUGAGGGAGGUUCAACUUUGUUUGAAUUAGACUACUAUGGAGAGAAGACAUAUCUUACUCAAUCAUCUCAACUUUAUCUCGAAACCGGUAUUCCUAGUCUCGGCAACGUUUACUGUAUCGAAAAGUCCUUCCGUGCCGAAAAAUCCCUAACCCGUCGUCACUUGUCCGAAUACACACACGUUGAGGCUGAGUUGGACUUUAUUGAUUUCGAAGACCUUCUAGAUCAUUUGGAGGAGAUGAUCAGCACAGUUAUCAGUACAAUUAUGGCCGACCCAGAAAUUGCCGGUUAUAUCAAGGAACUCAACCCAGAGUUCCAAGCCCCAGCCCGUCCUUUCAGGCGCAUGCGUUAUUCGGAUGCCAUUGACUGGCUCAACGCCCAAGAUCCUCCCAUCCUCAACGAAGAAGGAAACCCACAUGUCUUCGGUGAUGACAUUGCCGAGGCUGCUGAGAGAAGAAUGACGGAUAUUAUUAACUUACCUAUCCUUCUCACACAUUUCCCAGUUGAGAUUAAGGCUUUCUACAUGAAGAAGGACCCUCUGGAUCCCAGAGUCACGGAGAGUGUUGAUGUCUUGAUGCCAGGUGUUGGUGAGAUUGUUGGAGGUAGUAUGAGAAUGGAAGGAUAUGAAGAGUUGAUGGCUGCAUACGAGAGAGAGGGGAUCAGUCCUAAGGAGUAUUACUGGUACACCGAACAGAGAAAGUAUGGUACAUCCCCUCACGGUGGGUACGGAUUAGGUCUGGAGAGAUUCAUCGCCUGGAUCUGUAAACAACAUUCAGUUCGUACUUGUUGUUUGUACCCAAGAUUCAUGGGUCGUUGCAAGCCUUAG